UUUUAAAAACAGGGAGCAGGAGGAUAAUAUUAAACUAAAGGUGCAAAAUGUGAAGAAAAUUGGAAGUUUAGGUAAGUAUUCGUAGUUAUGGAAUCUAGAGGGAGGUGAAUGGAUGUUUCGUGAACCCUAAAAAGUACAUCACUAUAAGCCCUCCCUCCCUGAUAACAAGACGAGAAAACCCAUUCUCCGAGUGGGUGAAGAGAGAAGAGGAUGCAAAUCUUCGUGAAAACCCUAACAGGGAAGACCAUAACCAUUGAGGUUGAAUCCAGCGAUGCCAUUGACAAUGUCAAGGCUAAGAUUCAGGAUAAGGAAGGCAUCCCUCCAGACCAGCAGCGUUUGAUAUUUGCUGGUAAGCAGCUUGAAGAUGGCCGUACGCUGGCAGACUAUAAUAUCCAAAAAGAGUCCACUCUGCAUCUUGUUCUGAGGCUUCGUGGUGGGAUUAUUGAACCAUCUCUUAUGGCUUUGGCCAGGAAGUACAAUCAGGAUAAAAUGAUUUGCCGCAAGUGCUAUGCCCGCUUGCACCCUCGUGCUGUCAACUGCAGGAAAAAGAAGUGUGGCCAUAGCAACCAGUUGAGGCCAAAGAAGAAGAUCAAGUAAACAUGUGGUUGUUUUUGCUGCCAAGACGCAGUACAAUUUGGCACACUCUUUUGUAUUUUAUUUGCUGAACUUUUGGUCCGUCAUGUCUGUUUCACUAUAUAAGUUUUAAAAAUCUACUUCCAUUUGCUUUA